AUCUAUACUAUAAAGCUGCUUGUCCUAUUUAACAUUGGAGCAUAUGGGUUGAUAGUAUUUUCCACAUCCAUAUUCUCAGAUGGGCACCGUCGAGUCACGGUUGUUGGAUGGAUCUGUGCUGUCUUUUCUGUCAGCGUUUUUGCUGCUCCUCUUAGCAUCAUGAGGCUAGUCAUAAGAACGAAGAGUGUCGAAUUCAUGCCAGUUUCCCUAUCAUUCUUUCUUACAAUAUGUGCUAUUAUGUGGUUCUUCUACGGCCUUCUGAUCAAGGAUUUCUACAUAGCAACGCCAAAUGUUGUAGGGUUUAUAUUUGGAGUUGCACAAAUGAUACUAUAUGUGAUCUACAAGGACAAAAAGAAGCAAAUUCAGCCAGAAGUUAAGCUACAAGAAUUAGCAACUGUCAUAGACUUGAGCACACUGGAAAAACAUGAAAAUGCAUGGACAGAACCGAAGAAACCAGAAGACAAUAUUGCAGAGAACGAAGAAGCUGGCAAUAAAACCAUACAACCAAAUGACUCCAAUGCAUGA